CCCCCUGCCCGCCUGCCGCCUGGCCCGGCCGCCCACAGCUCGCCAUUGGGCCUCACUCCUGGGGUCCCGCGCGCCGACCAUGCUGAUUGGCCGCUGGGGCUUCAUUCACAGCCCCCCCUACCUUCCGCGUAUACGCUCACGCCCCGGGGGCGCGGCCGCCACGUGGGGAGUGGCGCGGGGGUGGCACUGGGACCGCACCCCCUUUCGUCCUGGCUGCGUGGGCCCCACUUUCCCCCGGCGCUGGAGACUCCGAGCCCGGCGGGUCCCACGCUCCAAGCGAGCAGAAUUCCCGCCGGUCACCCGCCCGGAUGGCCAGAGGCGGUGGCGGGGAUGGCGGGCUCCGGGAGGCGCUCGGGUUCCGAGAAGCAGCUCAGCCCCGCGCUCCUCCUUCCGCCGUGCCGCUGCCGGCGGGCCGGGAUUCCCGCGGGUCUCGGCGGCUGCGAGCGGCAGGCGGCGCGGGUCCCCGGCUCGGUUGCGGCGCGGCUGCUCACCUCGCCCGCCUCGCCUCCCGCGACUUCCAGCGGGCACGGAGCUCUCCUCUGCGCUCCUCCCCGGCCCGUCUCGUAUUCCCUCUUCACCCUCUAGACCACCCAGCGCAACUCCGUCGACCUCCGCCGCCCUGAGAGAGCGUCGGGCGCGGGCAGAGUCGGACCGGCCCCGACUUCACGCCUCUCACGGGCUCUCCUUUUCCCGGGCGCCGCGGCCCAGCGCCAGGAAGCCCGAGCCGGAUGCUGGGCCCCUUCCUCCCCCAUCCCCCAGCACCUGGGACGUGCUUGUCGCUGCUGCUCUCCAGGUCUCCCGCCCUCCUGGAGCAGCCACCGUGGGCCCCAGGGGCCUGGAAACCACAAAUGACUCCCUGCUGCCGGGUUGCUGGCUGCCUUCUGCCCGCCAGCCCGUCCCGCUGCACACGGCAGAUAAUCACGUGGUGGGAGCAGAGCUGCUGGAAGGUGGGGGUGAGGAGCAGCCACCCCUGUGGACAACAGUGUCAGGACCCAAAAGGCGCUCAACCAUGUGA